AUGUCCUUGUCCAAUAAGAGAAUGUCAACUGAACAAUCUUUGCCUAUCCCUGGUACAGGGAAGCAAAGACAAGACUCUGAUCCACAAUCACAAGCACCAUCUGGCGAAAGCGUCUCCAAUGAAAAACAUCCUCUCCAUUCCAUGUCGCCAUUGUCAUUAUCAUUACCCGAAAACGGGGAGACAACCACCAUUUCCGAAGUUUUAGACACCAAGCCUACCCCUUCUACUGAAAAGGCUAUUGCGUCUUUAGCUCCAAUGUUGGAGACUUUUGCUCCAAAGACAAGUGCAGAGGAUUCUGCAUCUCGAUUAGGUUCAAUUUCAUCAUCUCCAGGCAUCGCAGCAGCUGCUGCAGCUGCUUCUGAUUCAGCUGUAGGAGAAGUGGAACCAUUAACAGCGGAGAAUUUGGGAGCUGCUAAAUCACAUUCAAAUCUGGUGUCUACUUUUGCAUCUCUUGACGGACAAAGACUAAACAAGACUAUGUCGAAUUCGUCAAGCACCUCAAGGAAAUCAUUCUCACAAACAACAAACAGAGAACCUGAACAUACUGCUAAGUUGCCAAAGAUUGGUAAGAUUGGAGUAUGUGCAAUGGAUGCAAAGGCUUUGUCGAAACCAUGCAGAAAGAUCUUGAAUCGGUUGAUUGAGAAUGGUGAGUUUGAAACGGUUAUUUUUGGUGAUAAAGUGAUCCUUGAUGAAACUAUUGAAAAUUGGCCAACUUGUGAUUUUUUGAUUAGCUUUUUCUCAACUGGGUUCCCCUUGGACAAGGCAAUUGCGUAUGUUAAUUACAGGAAACCAUACAUUAUCAAUGACCUUGUACUUCAAAAGGCUUUGUGGGAUAGGCGUGUCGUAUUGGCUAUAUUGAACCAUGCCAAUGUGCCUUCACCUGAAAGAUUGGAGAUCAGUAGAGAUGGAGGUCCAUAUUUGGAGCUUCAACUACUUGAAAGAUUGAAAGAGAUUGGAUUUUCGGAUGAAAAAGUGCAUGAGUUGACAAAUCAACAAGAGCCAGAUUGGGAAAUGGUUGAUGACGAUACUUUGAGAGUUGGUGAUAAGUACCUCAAAAAGCCAUUUGUGGAAAAACCAGUUGAUGGAGAGGACCAUAAUGUCUACAUAUACUAUCCUAAAGCAACUGGUGGUGGUGGAAGAAAGUUGUUUAGAAAGAUUGGGAACAAGUCAUCUGAAUUUGACCCUGAUUUGGUAUCCCCAAGAACCGAUGGUUCUUUUAUUUAUGAAACUUUUAUGGACACGGACAAUUUUGAGGAUGUGAAAGCAUACACCGUGGGACAGAACUUCUGCCAUGCAGAGACUCGUAAAUCCCCCGUUGUUGAUGGAAUUGUUAGAAGAAACACCCAUGGUAAGGAGAUUAGGUAUGUUACUGAAUUGAGCGAAGAAGAAAAAGUAAUGGCUCGUUCUGUUAGUUCUGCUUUCAAACAAACAAUUUGUGGGUUUGAUUUGUUGAGAGUGAAUGGGAAAUCGUAUGUGAUUGAUGUCAACGGGUUCUCUUUUGUCAAGGACAACAAUGAAUACUAUGAUGCAUGUUCAAGUAUCUUGAGAAGUUUAUUCAUCGAGGCUAAGAAGAAUAGAGAUUUGUUGAAGAACCGCGUGCCAAAAAGUUUGCAAAAUAGUCAAUUUGAAGAAAAAGAACAGAAAUGGGUAUUCAAGGGAAUGGUUAAUGUUAUUAGACAUGCUGAUCGUACACCAAAACAAAAAUUCAAGUACUCAUUCAAGUCGCCGCUAUUCAUCAGUCUUCUUAAAGGUCAUACUGAAGAAGUGAUAAUUCGUGCCGUUGCUGAUUUGCAAGUAGUUUUAGAGACUGUCAAAAUUGCUGAAGAAAAAAAUUUGGAAGAUCCAGCAAAAUUGAAACAGUUGCGAAUUGCAUUGGAAAAGAAGAUGAAUUUUCCGGGAACCAAAGUUCAAAUCAAGCCCUCAUUGAAUAGUGAAAACCCGGAAUUGGUUGAUAAAGUUCAACUCAUUCUCAAAUGGGGUGGUGAAGCAACUCAUUCAGCUAAGCACCAAGCUUCAGAUGUUGGUGAACAAACGCGCCAAAACUUGAAAUUGUUGAACCGUGAGGCGUUGGAUGAUGUUAAGGUGUACACAUCGUCAGAAAGAAGAGUCAUCACUAGUGCACAAUACUUUACUACUUCACUUCUUGGUUUGACAAAGAAUCCAUUGCCAGAUGACUUUCUCAUUGUCCGUAAGGACUUACUUGAUGACUCAAACGCAGCUAAGGACUUGAUGGACAAAGUGAAGAAGAAAUUGAAACCUUUGUUGAGACAAGGUGCAGAAGCGCCGCCGCAAUUCACCUGGCCUCCAAAAAUGCCGCAACCGUUUGUUGUCAUAAAACGUGUCUGUGAGUUGAUGAAUUUCUAUCAUCAAAUCAUGAACCACAAUUUCGAAACUAAAAAUGUGGCUGAAUUCCAAUCUAAUUGGUGUUGUGGUGAAGAUCCAUACUUGUUCAAGGAACGUUGGGAUAAGUUGUUUCAGGAGUUUAUCAGUGUUGAAAAGACGCAUCCUUCGAAAAUUUCUGAAUUGUACGAUACCAUGAAAUAUGAUGCUUUGCAUAAUCGUCACUUUUUGCAGAGAAUUUUCGCAUAUGACCCUCACGAUGAAGCGUUGUUGGCGAGAUUGAGAGAAACGUGCGGUGAUACGGUCAAUUCAUCGGGAUUGGUUAGCGAGUACCCUAUAAAUAUAUUGGCCAUGAAUAAUUUCAAACUUCCUGCAGACAAUAACAACAUUGGUGGGUCGGCAUCCACCUCACAUAGCAACUCAAGCACUCACUUGCAGUCUUCGAAUACAGCUUCAGCUGGCUCUUUGGGUUGGGUGUUGAGUGGUGCUAAUAUUGGCGCAGGGGAAAGUGGUGGUGCCAAUUCAAACAAGAAUGCUAAAGCACCAGAAAAUCCAUUUGAUUAUCCAACGUAUGCUAGGUUGAGAGAGUUGUAUCGAUUGUCAAAAGUGUUGUUUGAUUUUAUAUGUCCCCAGGAAUAUGGUAUAAAGGAUGAAGAGAAGUUGGAUAUUGGUUUGUUGACGUCAUUGCCAUUGGCAAAACAAAUCUUGUCUGACAUACAGGACAUGAAAAAAAAUGUGUCCUCACCAUCAGUUGUCAAUUACUUCACCAAAGAAAGUCAUAUUUACACAUUACUCAACAUCAUAUAUGGAUCUCAAUUGCCAAUGAAGAUUGCUAGGAACGCUUUGCCGGAGUUGGAUUACUUGUCACAAAUUGUGUUUGAAUUGUACGAAGCUGAUGAUCCCACCAGUCCAUCGGGUAAAAAACAUUCAAUUAGGUUAUCUCUCAGUCCCGGAUGUCACACGCAGGAUCCAUUGGAUGUUCAAUUGGAUGAUGAUCAUUAUAUUGCAUGCAUUCCUAAAAUCAGCUUGACUAGACAUUUGGAUAUGGAUUUGGUUACACAACGGUUGAAAUCGAGGUUUUCAAGGGUGUCAUUGCCAAAGAAAUUCACUCCUGUCAAUAUUUCAAGUCCCCUUGUUGGUGGUAUAUAG